GAAGAAAAUGUGAUCAGAUGAGAUGUCUACCUUAGAAGACAGUGUAACUGCCUUGAUAAAACAACUUUGUGUAUUACAUACAAAUGGUCCAAGGAGGGCUUUCCUUAAGCAACCUACUCUGUCCAAGUCUGAGAUACAGAAGCGACUCAAGAAAAAAGCAUAUGAAACAAUAUUUGCCUAUCUUGUAGGACCAAUAAGAUGGCAACGACAGAUUUCUGUACAAAAUACUCAUUUGGAAGACGAGCGUGUUCAUAUUCUUAGCUAUGCCUUUGACCUGAGGUGUAGGCGACAUUAUGACGAUGCAAACCGACUAGAGGAACUGCUUGAAAAUUUGGUUGACAUUAGUAAUGUGAAUGUUGACGAACACAUAAAAGAGAAUGAAUCUGAUAUGCGCUCCAUCCUCAAAUUCCUGGUUCUGUUGGCUGACACGGGUCAACAAGAGUCCAGAGCUGUCAUGGGAUACGAGACACAACAUCUCCCCAAGUCUAUAGAUAAGGAGGAGGUUGGAGUGUUGCCUUCAGGACCUAUGCUGUAUGGAGAUACCUGUGUCUACCGACCAGACCACAAGUUCUAUACACACUUCCCGAGUGUGCUGUUUGAAGCUGAACCAUUGCAGUUUCAAGAAGACAAAAGUCUUGAGAUCUUCCGUUUAGCUCCAGGAGAGAGUCUGUCUGGACAAGGCCUUUUCAACAUCAAGGGUUAUUUGGGUGACAGCUAUGAGAGACAGUGUAGUGGUACACUGUUCGGAGGACUGGUGCAGAGCCAAGUGGUGUCCCUUCAGGACAGAUUACAGCUUCCCAAUUUGGCAGAUUCUGAAGACAGUGGAUUGUUUGAUGUUCGUAUACCCAAAGUUCAGUACAGCAACAGAAGCCAGACAUCAGCAGAAGAUGACAGUGCUGUACAUAGUUUGGAUAUGACAGGCAGUACUCAACUGCAACAGCUAGAAGGAUCCAAGUCACUCAGUUACAUCAGUGACUCCGACUCUGCUGUUGGUUGCUCCAUUUGGGAGGAAGCACUUGAAUUCACUCCAAGCAAGCACUUUAAAUGGGAAACCCGAGGCUGUGAGCCUGGAACUAGACCAGAUCGCCCCUACCUAUCAGAAGCAGGUCCGACUGGCCUAGACAUGUGGUACAGCAUGAAGCUGAAGGAACUGUCAAUCCUGUGUCCAUCAGUGUCGCCACCUACACUACGUCUAAUGAACCAGAGAGAUGUUGUCAGAGACAUUAUCAAUAUGAUGAUAGGAGUGCCCUCGGCCACCUACCAGCUCAUUCCUGAAACUCAAUCAUUUGAGAUGGCGGAAGGGAUUUACCUCAGUGGAAUGACACCAGAAUGUCUUCAUCGAGUCUCACAUGAUUUCUUGUUGUGUGGUACAUAUUACAACCUUCUGGUACAGUUCUCCUUGCCUCCAUUCAUCGACUCCUUCUACAGCAAAGGUCUUGUGUAUCAAGCUUUUUGUGGAGCUAUCAGGAAGUAUCUACAGCACUACAGAGGAGUGAUACUGUCUAUCCCUCCAAACAUCUCAUUAUUACGACUCAAGUUCAUCUGCCAGAAAAUCUUCAAACAAAUAAGUUUUCUUGCUGAUUUAUGUAAAUGUACAACAAUGGAAGACCUUCAGGAUGAAGAAAGUUUCCCAACAGGUGUUCAUCUGCUGAGCUAUGUGUAUCGGAAGUGUCUAGAGUGUACCUGUACUGACAACUACCCCAUGAUGAUGUCCAUACUGCAGUCAUCCUGUGGACCGUACACUGUGUUUGUACAGGACUGGGUGUUUCAUGGAAUUUGUCAGGACAUCUAUGGAGAGUUUAUGAUAGAAACCCAUGCAGAUUACUUACAAUUCAGAGACAAGAACUACUGGAAUAGUGGUUACAAGCUGAUGACCAAUGAAGCUGCAGAUAGUGUCCCUCUGUUUCUAGCAGACCUUGCCUCCGACAUCUUCAUCUGUGGAAAAUCCAUCAAUCUGCUAAAGGCUUGCUGUCCCCAGAAUUUCCUGUGUAAUAUAGCUGACAUUGAUAUACCAAGGAUAUCAGUCACAUUCUCAGAGGAAGAGCUUGGCGGUCUAGAUGGCCAGUGUCAGUUUUAUGUCAACAAAAUGAAGCAAAUAGCACGCCAAAUGACCAUCUCAAGACAAGAGAAGCUCGAGAUAGAAGAGGCUGCAAAGAAAGAUUUGUUACAGAAAGCAAAAGAGGUGGCUACACAAGAGAUACAGAAACUGCAAGCUAGAAUGCAAGAAAACAAAGUAAUCCAAGACACAAAGAAAAGGAAAGAGUUCCAGUUUCUUAAGGAUCAGAUGGAAGCAGACUUACAGAGACGAGCAGACAAAAAAGAACAAAUCAAACAGGAAGACAAGAUGAUGAUUGCUAGAGUGACAAAGCAAGAGGAAGCCAUGUCGAUUCAAGAGCUAGAGCUGGAGAGGAAAGCAAGAGAAGAGUUGAUAGAAUACUACAGCAAGCUGAGUGAGGAGGCAACUCUGAGAGAACAGCGGGCAUUAUGGCAUGUCAAACGGGCACAAUUAGCUGAGACCAGGCGUGACUUUCUACAACAGGAUGAUGUACGCUGGCAGGCAGAACUUGACAAGUCAUCAAUUGUUACAGAACCCGUUACUGCCCAGAAGCCUGACAAUAUGCUGGCUGACACAGCCAAUCUUCCAUCAUGGGCAGUUGAAAAAGGAAGAGAUGGACCGGUCAUUGUGACUGGUGAGGAAGACACCCCUCUGCCAGGGUGGGCACAGCGAGGACUUACCAGGACUACUACUUUAACUGUUGAUUCCAGUAUGCCUGCCUGGGCUCAACAAGAGCUACCACAAUCAGAAACAGGAGAGGAUUUGUCACCAGAGAAGACCAAGACCCCUCGUUCCCUUCCAACUCCUCCAUCCCGUCCAGCUGGGCGACCAUCCACACCCACACUUCAAAGACCUCCAACUCCGACCUUGAAGACAGGCAAACGCUUAAGUGAUACAUUUUAUGCAACAGCUCAGACAGAAGAAUCACCAACAAAAUCAAGUAUUUAUGUCUUCCCAGAUAAGCAUGCUACAUCAGAAACUGAUCCAGAUGAUGGACACAAGUUACAGAUCAAACUGGUACAAAACGUCAAUGUGAACAAGGAAAGUGUAGAAAAUCCAGAGUGCUUACACAUAAAAUUGGCAGAAGGAAUGCAUGUCUCCAAAGAGACAGAAUCUCAGGAGGGAGUGGUGCCCCACAGAAGGACUGCAACAGGUAUGAGUGCUAACAAACAGUCAACAGAGGAAAGGGCGCUACCUCGCAUGAAGAAAAGUGAGGAAAUGCAUGGUACUAAAGAGACCGAGUCAACAGAGUGGCUGAUAAAAAAAUCAAGCACUUUUGGUCACGUUUCAAAGAUGUCCACUUCAGGAGACGAAUUUGUGAUUCAGGCACCGAGACUGAAAAAGUCUGAACAAUUUCAUUCAUCUAUUGAAUCAAAAUUUAGUAAAGACUUUGGGAUAAAACCCAGAAUCCGCAUGAGUAAGACCAUGUCGUCAACCACUGAGUCUAAACCUAUAGAGUACAGUAGGCCUGGUAUCAAGAUUGGUCAGAUGUCAGCCUCAGUGGAGAGUGAAAUGGUUGAUCAGGAUGAAAACAGACUUCAGAAGUUUAAAUCUUUCAAUAUUCACGGCCAUUCGUCAGACUCAACUGUCCAGAAACUGUUGUAUGGUGAAAAAAAAGCCAAACAUGAGGUCAAAGAGCAAGAAGUUGAUGAUAUCAGAAAAGAGCCUGUUUGGUUGGACUCACCUGCCACACAAAUGUUCACCUACGAGGACAACUUUGAGUUCCUGACAAAUACGCCUGUUGUUGAUCUUUUGUCGUCUAAGGAGCUAUCUGCCUAUGGCAGGUUUGGUGAUUAUGGAAUCAGUCAGACUGAUGAUGUAGAUUUGUACCGCUACAUGCCACUUCCUCAGCUUCUGGAGCGAUCUGUCACAGGACCUCUAUUAGCUCAGAUCUCUCUGGUGAAUGACAAUGUGAUCAACUACUUUACUGUGGACCUGGAGAUAAAGAACCACUUUGAGGCUCUUAGAUGUUAUCUCUUUAUGGGCGAUGGAGACUUUGCACAAAUCCUCAGUGACAUACUUUUGGAAAAGCUUGCCAACAGUCCUAAGGCCCAAGAGAUGCUGAACCCUGUGUUUUUGACCAAUGCUCUCAACAAGGCCCUGAAAUCGUCCAUGCAUGCUGAUGAUCCGUUUGCAGACAAUCUCAGCUUUGCGUUACGAUAUGUUCCGAAAGUCUUGAUGCAAAAUGCUCAUGACACUUUGGACUGUUUAGAGCUACGAUACAAGGUGACCUGGCCACUGAACAUUGUGAUAACAGAUUCCCUCAUCAGCAAGUACAGUAAAGUCUUUUCCUUCAUGCUGCAGCUGAAGCGUACAGUGUGGGUGCUAAAAGAUGUGUGGUACAGACUGAAACGUGAUGCAUUGGUUCACAAAGCAGGCGGCUCCUCUCAAUUUCGUCAGCUCCAGCUCUACAGGCAGGAGAUGCAGCACUUUGUAAAGGUGAUGCAGGGUUACAUAGCAAACCAAGUGAUACAUGUAACAUGGUGCGAGUUUACCGAAGCUCUCAGUAAUGAUGUUCAUAACCUUGAUGACCUACACAAGGUCCACUCCAACUAUCUGGACAAAGCCAUCUUCAGAUGCUUACUGAACAAGAAGGCUGGAGCAGUGAUGAAAAUUAUACAAGACAUCUUUUCUCUAAUCCUCAAGUUCAGACUACAGUUGGUUAAUGCAGAAUGGCGGUAUGAUGUGGACACAGGACAUCCUGCUCAUUCUAAUUUUCAGAACAUGGUAGCAUCUUAUAAAGCCUUCAGGGAGUACUCCGUCUUUCUGUUCAAAAUUGUGAACAAGCUGGCCAUAAGAGGAUAUCAACCCCAUUUACAGGAACUCUUGUUACGUCUUAACUUUAAUGAUUAUUACAAGGCAAGAUAGACAUCAAACAUCCUCCACUAGAGAACGGACACAUCCUCCACUAGAUAAUGGAAAACUCUUAGUGACACGCUGAGUCACAGACAAAUUGUUGACUCACAUUUGUGUUACAUUAGAGGUCAAGGACAAAUCCUGACACACUGGAGUAAGGACAAAUUAUUGGGAUACUACAGCUCAUCUUAGUGACAUACUGGAAGUUAAGGACUAGGGUAACAAUAUGAUUGAAGGGCAACUUGUUUAUUAAGACACUGCGAAUUAAAGACAUUCAUCGUAUAAAAGAAUUCUGUGACCUAGUUCACUAGAUAUAGCAAACAGAGUGAAGAAUAACCAAUCAUGCUAACACAAAGUAAAGGGCAAUUCAUUGGAAUGAUAUAGUGAAUAGAAAUGCUUUUUGGAAUAGUCACCACAAUGUAUCGUUUCAAUCAUAUAGCUAGGUGUCUGGUUUGAUAACUUUAACUUGUCCUGUUAUCGCAUCGACUGUUUCUGGAAACUGUAACUGAAGCUGAUGAAUAAGCAAUUAUCAUAUAUACAGCAAUUUAAUGUUAAAGAUGUGGAUGUAGGAAAUGGACUAUAAAACUGUGAUAGCUUCAUCCACGUGUCAUUUGUUGAAUUAUGAUGUACAUUUUAUAACUGAAUUAUGU